GUCUGCAACGGGAUGGACACGUACGGACAAUUGGCCGUGAAAAUGUCCCUGGCGGACAUGGAGGACAUGGAAGUGACCAACAUGAGCGACAUCGACAAGGCCAACCCUCACGGCUGCGACAACGGCACUCUGACGGACAGGUUCGGGGUUCUGAUCCAGGGACUUCUGGCCGUCGUCGCCUUCAGCACGCUGAUGUUGAAAAGUUUCCGGGAGCCCGUGGGGAUCCGGCGACCUUGGAGGAUCUGGUUUUACGACACAUCCAAGCAGGCCAUCGGCGCUCUCUUCAUCCACUUCGCCAACGUCUUUCUGUCCACGCUCACCAAGGAGGACCCGUGCUCGCUCUACCUGAUGAACUUCCUGCUGGACGCCACAGUAGGGAUGCUGGUCAUCUGGCUGGCGGUUAAAGUGGUGUCCAAAGUGGUGAAGCACAAGCAGUGGACGCCGCUCGCCUUUGGAGGGUACGGUGAGCCCCCCCAAGCGGCGGCGUGGCUGGGUCAGUGUGGCGUCUACCUGCUCAUCAUGGUGCUGGAGAAAGGCGCCAUCAGCCUGGUGUUGCUGGUCCCGGGAUGGUCCAAACUCCAGGCGCUUCUGCUGGGCUAUAUCGCCGACCCUCAGCUGGAGUUGGUGCUGGUCAUGCUCAUCGUGCCCUUCAUCGUCAACUCCAUCAUGUUCUGGGUGGUGGACAGCCUGACCAUGAGGAAGAACAAGAGCGUGGACGACUCGUGCGACAGCUCGCUGAAGGCCGACCCACUGCCCUGGACCGUGGACGACGAGUCCCGGGUUCUCCUCACAGUGGAGACGGACACCGACGAGGCCUCGGGAGGUGAAGAUGACGAGCCUGGCGAGGCUUUGCCUGCGUUGCAGUACUCUGGAGCGACGCUGAAGCCCAGCUGGGUCGUGGUUUGAAGCU